AUGGGUCAGGGAUUCUCCCUAACCACGCCGUCAGCUGGCUCGGCAGGCAUCGAUGUCCCGGAGCUGAGCGACCUUGUGUACGAGAAGUCUAUUGGCAGCGCGCGCUUCCUCAAGAGCAUCCGCGCCCGUCACCAUGAUGGCGUCGUCCUGGUCAAGGUGCUGAUCAAGCCGUACAUGCCCAUGGCUUUGCGGGAGUACAAGCGCAAGAUCUUACACGAGCGCAAGAUUCUAGCAGAGAUCCCCAACGCUCUGGGGUACCAACGGGUCAUCGAGACCGAGACCAACGGAUACCUCGUGCGCCAGUUCCUCUAUAACUCCCUCUACGACCGCCUCAGCACGAGGCCCUUCCUCGAGGACAUCGAGAAGAAAUGGCUGGCCUUCCAGCUGCUGUGCGCGCUGCGCGACUGCCACAGCCGCGACGUCUACCACGGCGACAUCAAGACCGAGAACACGCUCGUCACCUCGUGGAACUGGCUGUACCUGUCCGACUUCUCGUCGGCCUUCAAGCCCGUCAUGCUGCCCGACGACAACCCGGCCGACUUCUCCUACUUCUUCGACACCUCGGGCCGGAGGACGUGCUACCUCGCCCCGGAGCGCUUCGUGGCCCCCGGCGAGGACUUCGACCCGGACGCCAAGGUCACCUGGGCCAUGGACGUGUUCAGCGCCGGCUGCGUCAUCGCCGAGCUGUUCCUCGAGUCCCCCAUCUUCAGCCUCAGCCAGCUGUACAAGUACCGCCGCGGCGAGUACGACCCCGCCAUAUCGCACCUCAGCAGGAUACCGGACAAGGACCUGCGCGAGAUGAUCGCGUCCAUGAUACAGCUCGACCCGCAGAAGCGGUACAGCGCCGAGGAGUACCUCGUCUUCUGGAGGAAGAAGGUGUUUCCCGAUUACUUCUUCAGCUUCCUCCACCAGUACAUGGAGGUCAUUACCGACCCAUCAUCGGGCCAGUACCCCGUUUCUGGAGCGACGCGGAACCUCGGCGAGGCCGACGAGAGGAUAGAUCGUGUCUUUUAUGACUUUGACAAGAUCUCAUACUUCUUGGGCUAUCAGGACGACCGCAACUCCGCCGUGGAGCAGAUUGCUCCUCGCCUGGGAUUGGGCCAUUUCCCCGUCCGCCUCAAUAUCCCCAACAACGAGCACUACGUAUCGGCAGCGGUUCGGCAGCCGGGAGAUGACGGGACUCUAAUAUUUCUUACGCUGAUUGUCUCGUCGCUGAGGAAUACAGCCCGCUCGGCCUCCAAGAUCCGGGCUUGUGACGUCCUCCUGGCAUUUGCCGAGAGGCUUACCGAUGAAGCCAAGCUCGAUCGAGUGUUGCCGUAUCUGAUGACCCUCUUGAACGACAAAGCAGACAUGGUUGUCGUGGCUGCAGUCAGGACCAUUACACAACUGCUUAGUCUGAUCAAACUCGUGAGCCCCGUCAACUCCCACGUCUUCCUUGAGUACAUCCUGCCGCGGAUGCAAGUAGUGCUCGUGGGCGGCUCAGAGAGACCCAGCGCCUUGGUCAGGGCCACAUAUGCUUCAUGUCUAGGCAACUUGGCGACGUCGGCCUCCAGGUUCUUGGAUAUAGCGGCCACACUGAAGGGCGACAGCUCUCUGGGAAUGGCGGAUCCCGAAGUUGAGCCCGGCAGUGGCGUGGAUACGGCCUUCGACAGGCUCUUUGAUGACGCACAGCAAGAUCUGAUUGAGCUCUUUGAGCAGCACACCAAGAUCCUCAUCGAGGAUCCCGAUCCUUAUGUGCGGAGAGCAUUCCUCAGCUCCGUGCCAGAGCUCUGCAUGUUCUUCGGAACGGCCGCGGCCAACGAUAUCAUCCUGACACAUCUCAAUACUUACCUCAACGACCGGGACUGGAUGUUGAAAUGCGCCUUCUUCGAUGCUGUGGUGGGCAUCGCCUCCUUCCUCGGCAACGUCAGCCUCGAGCGCUUCUUUCUGCCGCUCAUGAUCCAGGUGGUCACGGACCCGGAGGAGCACGUCGUGCAUGCUGCCCUCCACUCGCUAGCGGAGCUGGCGAACUUGGGUCUGCUGUCCAAAGCGUCGAUAUGGAACCUGGUCGAGCAUGUCGCGCGCUUCACAAUGCACCCCAACAUCUGGAUCCGCGAGUCGGCGGCCAUGUUUAUUGCCGCUGCGGGCAAGUACCUCUCGCCGGCGGACAAGCGGUGCAUGCUCCUCCCGCUCGUCGCGCCCUACCUGACCCCGGACAUCAUUCCCGAGUUCACCGAGCUCUCCAUCCUCGACUCCCUCAAGCGGCCCCUGCCGCGUCCGGUCUAUGAUCAGGUACUUAUGUGGGCCAUGAAGACGGACAGAGGGGUGUUCUGGAAGUCUGUGUCCAAGGCUAGGGGGUACUUGUCUGGGUCGCCUCUGAAGGGCAGGAAGGACAUAGCUUCUCAGUCACUGAGCAAAGUGGCGAGGAACGAGGAGGAUGAGCAGUGGCUCAAUCGCCUACGAAAUCUGGGCCUCGCUUCCGAAGAUGAAUUCAAGCUCAUGGUCCUCCGAGAGUACAUCUGGCGCCUGAGCAGAGCGAAGCCCAGGGAUAAUAAUGAGGUGGUGGAUAGCGGCCAGCCCCAGCCUGGGAAUAUCAUUCCACUGAGGGCGCUCGGUAUCACACCCCAGACCGUCCUCUUUGACGAGGAACCACCUAAGCAAGCGUCGGCGAUGGGGAUAUUCGAGCCUGAGAACCCACCGCGAUCGAUUGAGGAUGCUCUACAAGACGCUUCAAUGACGAUCGACGACCCUCUCUCGAAGCGAAAGCGGGCUGCGUUCAAUACCCACAGAUCAAGACUCAGCAGCCAGCAGGCGAUAUCACCAAGCCCGACCGACGGCCGUCGUUCUCUCAAUGAGGAGCUCGCGUCGCCGACCUCGAAUCGCCUGUUGUCUCCCGACUCGUCCAGGGAUACGUCGCGACGCUCCUCAGCCGCGCAGGGCAAAGCACCGGCGCGGGAUGCUGCUGACGGAGACGUCACAGAGGAGACUCCUUACUCGGCUAGACGGACCAUCCGUCACCAGUCGAGCGCCAUCAGCCUGCUCAACAGGAAGGACAGCGCCAAGUCUGGUCCCGAGACCGGCACGACCGAGACUAAUGCUUUCGGCCAGGUCGAGGGACCGUUUGCGGCGACGCCUCAUGCCAGGAGCCCCGUCCUCGACGACAACGGCACCGAGGCUGGCAGGCUGCGAUUCCGUUCCAAUCACACGUACCCGGGCAAUGACCCGAGUGUCCUCAAGAUGCUGGACAACAUGUACGCCGACAACUACCCUCACGACAUUGCUGAAUUCGGCCCCCUUGUCACGCCGGUGAGCCGGAGGAGAGCCAGCAGGCUCAACGGGCAGUCGGGGGACGAGCUCUGGCGGCCCAGCGGGAAGCUGGUCGCGACAUUCUCGGAGCACACCGGCGCCAUCAACCGCGUCGUCCCUUCUCCAGACCACCUGUUUUUCAUCACCGGCGGAGACGACGGCUGCGUCAAGGUCUGGGACACACACAGGCUCGAGCGCAACAUCACGCACCGCGCGCGGCAGACGCACCGGCACGAGCCCGGGGCCAGGGUGCUCGCCCUGUGCUUCAUCGAGAACACGCACUGCUUCAUCAGCUGCGCGAGCGACGGCAGCGUCCACGUGGUCAAGGUCGAGUGCACCUCGGCGUCGGGCGCGUCUUCGGCGUCGCCGUCGUCGGCGGCCGCCAGCAGCACGACGUCGCCGCGCUACAACAAGCUGCGCCUGCUGCGCGAGUACCAGCUGCCCGAGGGCGAGCGGGCCGUGUGGUGCGAGCACUUCAAGCAGGAGGCGGCGUCGGUGCUCGUGCUGGCGACGGACCGCUCGCGCGUGCUGGGCAUCGACCUGCGCACCAUGACGCUGCUCUUCGUGCUCGACAACCCGGUCCGCCACGGCACGCCGACGUGCUUGGCCGUCGACCGCCGGCGCAACUGGCUCGUGCUGGGCACGAGCCACGGCGUGCUCGACCUCUGGGACCUGCGCUUCCGCAUGCGGCUGAAAGGGUGGGGCCUCCCGGGCAAGCAGCCCGUCUACCGGCUCGCCGUGCACCCGGUCAAGGGCCGGGGUAAGUGGCUCUGCGUCGCAGGUGGGACAGGCCAGGGCGGCGAGGUGACGGUCUGGGACCUCGAGAAGACGCUGUGCCGCGAGGUCUACCGCGUCGGCGGGGUAGGAGGAGGAGGCGGGAGCAGCAGCAACAAGGACGGCGGGCCCCGGGGCGGCUACGAGGCGUGGGACGUGGACGAGGACAAGCCCGAGGGCAUGCUGGGCCGGUUCGCGACCAACAUCGUCGACCCCCCGCCGCCGACGACGUCUGGCGGCGGCGGCAGCACGCCGGCGGCAGCGACGGACCGCGGCGUGCGCGCCAUGGCCGUCGGCGCCGCGGCCCCGCCCGACGAGCAGGCGCGCGACGUGCGGCACGCCUUCAUCGUCACGGGCGGCUCGGACAAGAAGCUGCGCUUCUGGGACCUGGCGCGCGUCGAGAACAGCGCCGUGUACAGCGGCCUGGCGCCCGAGGAGGGCCGGCCGACGUACGCGGCCGGCCACCCCACCACCGCCAUGACGGUCAACACGGAGCGCCCGGCGCGGGCGGCAGGUACUACUACCGGUGGCGGCGGUGGCGGCAAGAGCGCGGGCAGCAGGUCGUCGUCGGCGGCGGCGGCGGCGGCGGCGACUACUCCUGGCGCCCCGGGAGGCGGGAGCGGGAGCGGGAGCGCGACGCCCCGGCCGCCGCGGUCGACUGUCAUCUCGCUGCAGCAGCAGCAGUUGCUGCGGAGCCACCUCGACUCGAUCCUCGACGUGGCGGUGCUCGAGAGCCCCUACAGCAUGACGGUGUCUGUGGACCGGAUGGGCGUUGCCUUUGUGUUUUCGUGA